AUGAAAAAUAACAGAAGAGGCUUAUUCAUAGUUCUAGAAGGGCUUGAUAAAUGUGGCAAAUCUACGCAAACUGAAUUAUUAAGUGAAGCUCUUGAAGCAAAAAAAAUGUAAUUUCCGGACAGAAGUACUUCAAUGGGCUUAAUCAUAUCCGAUUAUUUGAAAGGAAAAAGAGAUAUUAAUGAUCAAGUGAUUCAUCUAUUAUUUUCAGCAAAUAGAUGGGAAGCGAAGUAUUAAUUAUAAAGAAUCUAGAAAUACCAUAAUCGAAACGUUAAAUAAGGGAAUCAAUAUUGUUUGUGAUAGAUAUGCAUACUCUGGAGUUGCAUUUUCAUCUGCAAAAGGACUUCCCAUUUAAUGGUGUAAAUAAUGUGAUUCAGGUUUACCAAAACCAGAUCUUGUAAUAUACUUAAGAGCCCCAAUUAAAUAAUUAAAGGAUAGGGGAGAUUUUGGAGCAGAACGAUACGAAAAAUAAGAAUUUUAGUAAUAGGUUUAAGAGGUUUUUGAUAAAAUGGCUCAAGAAGAAUAAUUUAAUAUUAUUAAUGCUAUAUAAACCAAAGAAGAAAUAUUUUCUCAAAUAAUGGAACUUACCAAUGAUUAUUCUUAGAAUGCCCUUAUUAAUACAAUUGAAUAACUUUGGAGUUGA